AUGAAAAUGAACAUCGGAGGCCGGCCAAAGGGUCACCUAUGGCUGGUCUUAGCUGUGCUGGUUGCCAUUCCAAUGCUUGGUGAGGCAGCCAGAAGCUUGUCACCACCUUCUCUCUCAUCGACAUAUGCUCCUACCAUUAAGGUGAUAGGGAAAGCAUACUGCUAUAGAUGCUUCAACGAGGCACACCCAGAAGAAUCACAUGGGAAGGAGCACCUGGAAGGAGCCAUGGUCAAGGUCACUUGUCAGGCCAAUGACCAGGCACUAGUGGGAUUUGGCUACACAGAAAGCAAUGGCAAGUACAGUGUGGCCAUUACGGGCUUGCAACUUAGCGGCACCUUUGGGGCUGACUCGUGCAAGGUUGAGCUCCAUGCAGCAGCAGGAGGAUCUGACUGCAAUGUGCCCAUGGAGUUAAGUCUCUCUGGUGUUAGUGUUUACUCCAAGUCUAACGAGGAAGUGGUUCUCCAAGCCAACCAAGUACUGGCAUUUGGAUCAAAGAAGACAUUUGCUGGAUGUUCACAACCUCACAUUCUACCACCGAUGCAUCAAUCUAAUUCGCCACCACUCCCAUACCAGCAUUCACCACCUCCUAAGAACUUCUACUCUUCGCCACCACCCUACCAACAGUCCACACCUCCAACCAAUUACCAACCUCCACAGAUAUCUAACAAUCAUCAGCUACCUCCACAGGGUUACAAGUAUUUACCACCUCCAUACUACUACAACUCCCCACCACCGCAAUACCAGCAUUCACCACCUCCGAACAACAACAUAGCAGCACCACUGCCUUACCUGCACUCCCCACCUCCGUACAACUACAAGUCACCUCUUCUACCGUUGUCACCAACACCUCCAAGCCACUAUAACUCUCCGCCUCCAUUUAACUACGGAUCUUCACCCCCACCUUACCAAUAUUCUCCACCCUUACUUCCAAAGCAUAUACAGCCAAGUGUUCCCAAUUUGAAUUCCUCACCAGCAUCAGUAUCUCCACAGCCUCUUUACCCCUACAGUUCUCCACCACCAUCUCUGAACUCCUACCAAUCCCCACCACCACCGAACCAGCUUCCUCAUGCGAAACCCCUACCAGUGUCUUCAACAUCUCCACAGCCUCUCCACCACUACAGCUCUCCACCACCAUCGCUUCUGAACUCGUACCAAUCCCCACCACCGCCAAAUCAUCUGUCGUAAGCAUCAGGAAGGCUUUCUUGAAAUGAUCAGACUUGGGCAGAAUAAAAGGAAGAAGAGUUGAUGCUUAUCUCGAGAGGAAGAGGCGAUGUAGCUGGACUUUUCAGCUGUGGAUCUCAGUCCUUUGAAUCAAAAUAUCGCAGUGUUAUUUCAGCUUUCAUUUCAUUUCCUAGAGCUGUUUCAGCAAUGUAAACAUAAGUCGUAUUAUCUAUGUUCACUAUUCAAUCCAAUAUAUGGUGUUGG